GCAGACAGUCCUCUUCAAUAGGUCUAAACAGUUUAUGAAUUUGUUGGUGCUGUCUGAAUGGCUCUUAUGUGAGCUCUCUGCCACCUGCUGGUGCGUCACUGACACUCUAGCCAAUCACGCUCAGGCGCCAGGAGAAACCUUCCUCUCGUGCGCUCCUGGAGAUUCCAGUGGUCUGGCAAUCAAUGACCAGGGCGACACGGGGAACCGACACGCAAAAAAUCCGGACGGCAACAGACGAUCGAGGACAAGCUGUGCAUUUCUGGAGAGGAACAACACGCUUUUAGUGGAUCUACCAAAAGAAAAAAAAAAAAAGGACUGACAAGAACAAGUUAUUUUCUCUGAGCAUCUUUACCUGUCAAUGAACUCUAGCUUGUAAGGUCCGGGACAGCAUGAACCUGACUGAUGCCCUGUGUCUCCAUGCCAACCAAAGUCUCAGGUCGAGGUAAACCUAAACCCUCCUGUCAGAAGGUAACCUCUCUGCCCCAAUCCAAACUCUACAGGAAUAUGCCCGGCUUGCACUAUGGACUCCAACAGCACCGAGUUGGGCCUUUACUCGCCAUCCAACAUCCUUGGAGUGGAAGUCUACCUGGCAUCCACUCCGUGGCCACUGCUCCAGAACACAAGCCUCAUCAACCUCAGUGCCGUAUUCAAGCUCAAUGGGAGUAAUUUCGAGGUUGAAGGUCAAUCCUAUGAUCCUCUGGGGGGUCACUCACUCUGGCAGGUCAUUCUCAUCGUUGUCUUUACAGGACUGCUCUCUCUUAUUACUAUUAUUGGCAAUAUCUUGGUCAUGGUGUCAUUUAAGGUAAACCGCCAGCUCAAAACGGUUAACAAUUACUUCCUACUUAGUUUAGCCGUGGCAGAUCUUAUCAUUGGGGUCAUCUCUAUGAACUUGUACACCACCUACAUUGUCAUGGGCCACUGGGCAAUGGGAAACUGGGCAUGUGACCUCUGGCUAGCAAUAGACUAUGUAGCCAGCAACGCAUCUGUCAUGAAUCUGCUGGUCAUUAGCUUUGACCGAUAUUUCUCCAUCACAAGGCCUCUGACAUACCGUGCCAAACGCACCACCAGGCGGGCAGGAGUGAUGAUUGGCCUGGCAUGGUUUGUGUCGCUCAUACUUUGGGCUCCUGCCAUCUUGUUUUGGCAGUAUUUUGUAGGAGAAAGAACUGUUCCACUGGAUAAAUGUUACAUUCAGUUUCUCUCCGAGCCUAUUAUUACAUUUUGCACCGCGGUGGCGGCUUUCUACCUGCCGGUGACGAUAAUGAGCGUUCUAUACUGGCGAAUAUACAAAGAGACAGAGAAUCGUUCUCGGGAACUUGCAGUAUUGCAAGGCUCAGUUGGAAGGUUCGGAGGUGUCGAGAGGCCGCACUUCCACCUCCACACCACUAGAAGCAGCAGCAAUUUCGAACUGGGCCAACCUGGCCACAAACAAAGCUCCGUUACUGGCCUGAGUGGCCGAUUCCACUGCUGGGGGUGGAAGUCAGGUGGGAGGGAUAAAGGUGGGCCACACCGGGAGGGAGAUCAAAGUAGCAGUGACAGCUGGAACAACAAUGAUGCUGGACUGUCAGCUGACCAUUCAGGCUCAUCUGACGAUGAUGAGAGUGCGCCGUCCACCACGCGGGCAAUCUUCUCUAUUGUUCUCAAUCUGCCUGGCAUGAGGGCAGCUGUAAACUCCCAGGUCACUUCUUGUGAGGAUUUGGACACAGAGGAAGAUCCAUUACGGCCCCCUGUGGUGAACGACGACAGGGAUGGCAGCAUCUCGCGCUCAGUCAGCAACGGGGAUAAGCGGUUUAUUGGAAGCAUUAGUAAAGUUCAUUCGAUGUCUGCUAUACAGUCGUCGACAGAGCCGAACGUAGAUGGCACCAGCACCGCCGUCAAAUCUCCCUCAGCACCCAUAACUUUCAGAGAGGCAGCUUUAGCUAAACGUUUCACAGCUCGCGCAAGGACGCAAAUCACCAAGCGGAAGCGCAUGUCGCUCAUAAAAGAAAAGAAAGCAGCGCAAACUCUAAGUGCCAUCCUUUUCGCUUUCAUUAUAACAUGGACGCCUUAUAACAUCAUGGUGCUAGUAAACACUUUCUGCAAUGGCUGCAUACCUGAGAACCUUUGGGCGCUAGGCUAUUGGCUAUGCUACGUUAACAGUACAGUAAAUCCUAUGUGCUAUGCCCUUUGCAACAAGACAUUUCGUAGCACUUUCAAGAUGAUCCUGCUAUGUCGCUGGGAUCAGAAAAAAAGCAAGCCAAGCUUUCCACAAAGACAGACUGUGAAGUUUCACAGGAGCAUACCGACAGACUCCACAUAGCAACUUGGCUAAUUUGCUAAUGCUAACAUGUAAAUUGCGAGGGGUAAUUCCUAAUUAGUAUCUGUACUAUAUACUGAAGCUUUAAUUUGUGAAUCUCAACGUGGACGUGUAGUUCAGUCACUUAUUAUCCCGGUUCACUAGAUUGUAACAUUUUAAGACACUGUGAUUUAGUGUAAAAAGAGCUUCAGUGAUACUGAAGCACAACUGAGCAAGUGCUGUGGCCAUCAGUACUUCCUGUGGAUGUUUUAUAUGCCUUACUAAAUCUGCAGUGGCAACUUGCAGGAGUUCUGCUGUGACAUUAUAAAGUACAUUAGAAGUGGAGACUGUAUAUUUUGAACCUUAGAGAGCUGAUCAGAUGUGAUACUCAAUUAAUUGUCUGAAAAUUUUGGGGUUGAAUAUUAAAUCUCAUUGUUGUCAGUCAACAGAAACUAAGAUUUUUAAAUUAGGUGAUGUAUAUCAAAGUAUUUACAGUGAAGAUAUUUCUUUUUGUAAGUGAAGUUUGCUGAUUUCUGUGAAAGCGUGCCUCACAGAGGUUCAGUAUCUUUGCUGUCUCUGUAAGUGUAAGUGUUCUUCUGCAAAAUGUGAGCCACAGUUGAACAGUUUAUAGGUUUUUCUCUCCUGUUGAGAUUUUUGGUUAUUCAUAAACAGCACUUCCGUAAGCUGCUCUUGUAUAAAGCGUGGUUGUUUACAUUUGUUUUGUUACAAGUAUUUUAAUAGCUGUUGUGUAGGUUUUUAGUGCACAUUGAACAUGUUUGGAAUGCCUUAUGUUUGGACUUUGAGAUUGUGCACUGAAUAAACUGGGCUAGCUGUGAAAUCAUUUAUGAAACCUAAAGAAUGUUUUUAACUGUUUAAUUGACUUUCAUAUUUUGACAUUAGUGUGUUGGAAUGUAAUUCCAUUUGCAACCAAACUGUUUGCUCUGUCACCAACAGAUUUGGAAAUUACAGUUUUUAACAUCAGCCAAAUUAGUUAGUGGCACUGUGGAGAAAAUAAGUUUAUUAAAUUUGCCCACUAACUACUGUAUAUCCAGGAGUGAACUUACAAUUCAUGCAUUGUCAUAUUACUGAAAUGUUAUGUCAUAUAAACAGUGUAAUUUCCAUCACAUCUCAAAUUAUGUUUUUAAUAACAUUAAUAGAGUUUAAUAACAUUCUGCAAUUGAAAUUGUAUGAACAUUUAUGGAAUGCAAUCUAUGGAAUCCUUUUUCAAGCUAAAGCUAAUUUCAUAGCAUUUUACAGUACGUAUCCUAAAAAUACACUAUUAAAUAAACUUUAUCACAAAAAUUAAAGCUUGAUUGGAAAUUACACAAAUUGUACACUUGCCAUUCAGUUCCAACCCUUUGGGUUUUCAGGAAAUAAUAAUCGCCUGAUUUGUAACUUACCCGCCAUUUGUAUUAGGAACAGUAUUUAAAAAAAAAUGUUUUUAUGUUUUACAUUGCAAAAGAGGCUGUCUGAUUUGUAAGGCCUUGUAAGAUCAAAGUUAAAAUUGAGCUUCUGUGCAUUGUGUUAUUUGUGGCUGUGUUCUUGUUUUGUUCCAGAUGGGCUGUGUACAAGUCAGAGUUUAAUGAUAGAGUUUAUGUCAGAUUUGUGAUAACUGUUGAAUGUUACAAAAAAUACAGCCCAGUACAAAAUGCAUUUUUAUCCUCAGAUUGUUUCUCAAAAUAAAUGUUCAAUUUUAAAAUGCA